UUCAUCAGUCUCCUCUCUCUCUCUCUCUCUCUCUCUCUCUCUCUAAAGAUGUACAGAUUCGAGAGGUCACUGAAAGAAGGGAGGCAUCUCCGGGAGAUGAAGAUGACGAGCCACAGCCCGUCGUUCUCGUCGACACUCCUCGACGAGAUCUACAGAUCCAUCGACGGAUGCGACCCGAAGCGCGAACCGGAGCAGGGUCUCCGCCGAGAGAUGCCGUCCAAGAAGCAGAGCACCCGCAGUGCUCAGAUCACCCCACGGCCCACCUCCUCCGUCGAGAGGCGCGGAAGCGGCGAGGCCAAUCCCACGGCGGACGCGAGAAGGGGCCAUCUUUCGCAGGAGCUGCCCAGGAAGCCAAAGUACGAGCCCGACCUUGACAGCGAUGUGCUGUACUUUAGCUCCACUUCCGUCUCUUCCGAUUCGAGCUCGGGCGGGUUCUCGUUCUCGGACACCGAGUCCGUCAGGGGCGCGAAAACGACGGCCUCGUCUUCUUGCUUCGCGCCGUUCAGGCUCAAUCCCGUGAGGACGAGAGUCGCCGCCAAGAGGGACGAGAGACAGCGCGCUCCUUUUGGCCAGCAGAGGGAGAGCCAAGAAGACCAGGGCGGCGUCCUCAGGUCCGCGGCGUCGCGGAUCUACGCCAACCUGAAGAAGGUGAAGCAGCAGCCGGUCUCGCCCGGCGGGAGGCUGGUGAGCUUCAUCAGCUCCAUGUUCAGCACGACGCCCAAGAGCGCAAAGAGGUCCGAUCGCACCGAGGCGUACCUCGAGAGGAAGUUAAAGUCGGGCGAAGCUUCCACUUCCACUUCUGCGUCUUCCAAUGUUCCUUCGCUCUCGAGGCCGUGCCUGAGCAAGCGGACGCCCUCCACGCGAGAGCGGUUACGCAGCGAGACCAAGAGGACGGUCCGUUUCUACCCGGUUAGUGUCAUCGUCGAUGAGGAUUGUAGACCCUGCGGCCACAAAUGCCUACAUCAGGAAGGAGGAGGAGGAGGAGAACAGAGCAGCUCUGUUUCCCUCUCGGUGCCAACAGCUUGGAGAAUUGGCAAAUCCCAGCCCAAAAGAAUCGACCAAGAUUGGACUUCAAAUCUGAAAGAUCUGUUGAUGGAGAAGAGCAAGCGAUUCGAAGGGAACGUGAGAGAGUUGCUGAGAGAUUAUGGCGAGAAUCAGAAGCAGGGUUUUGAGUUGAAGGGCCAACGUGAGCAAGAAGUAGAAGAAGAAGAAGAUGACGAUGAUGAUGGUGGUGUGUCGAGCUGCUCGAGCUCAGAUCUGUUCGAGCUCGAUCUUCUUGCAGCCAUUAACGACAAGUACAACGCAGAGCUUCCUGUGUACGAGAAGACUUAUUUCGAUAAGCGUCGGGUCAGUCGUAAGGAAUACAGAGUGUAAUUCGCUUCAGUUUGAUCUCCCAGAAUAGAGAAUUUGAGGAUUUUGUUUUCUCCUUAGCUUGAUCUUUCUCUUUAAUUCAACUAUUGCUCUUACCAUUUC